AUGCCAAAAGAAUCAUGUCCUACUCCCAACGAUCCUUCGGACACGAAUCGAACCGACGUUUUGUUCCUGUUGGACUCGUCAAAUUCGUUCAACGAGCACAAAUUCAUGCAUGCCAUUCAGCUCAUCCUCGACACCGUUUCACAAUUCCGAAAUAUUGGACCCAACGGUACCCAGGUUUCACUUGUGCAAUACAAUUCUGAGCCAUAUCUCGAGUUCUCGUUGAGGAAGCACAACUGUAAACAGUGGUUGAUCGACGACAUCGCAGACACCGACUACAUGCAGGGCGGCAGUAUGCUGGGCAAAGCCGUUGAAAAAGUGUCUCGAUUUGCUUUUACGAAGAAUCGGGGAGAUCGUCCGGAUGCCGAAAAUGUUCUGGUGAUUCUGACCGAUGGACAAUCGGAUGAUCGGAUUCAAGAGCCAGUUGAGGUCGCCAAGAAACACAAUUUGACGGUGCUGGUGAUAGCAACUCUCGAGGCAAAUCCACAAUACCUCAUCGAUCUGGCCGGCAACAUGAACAACGUUUUCCAACUUCACACCGAUAUCAAGAACACGCUACCACACAAACUCGCUCAACGCAUUAACUCUAUUCAAGCAGGCAUACCUUACGAGUUCUCUCCGUUGGACACAUUCGAAGUGAAAGAUGGCCAUGGAAUGAUUACAAUCGCUUUACCCACUGAGGAAGAGGAAGAGCAAAGGCCGAUAAGCCUCAACGUGCCACCUGGCUAUGAGGGUGCGGUUGUGGUUAAAGGACAAGAGGAUAAAGAAGAGUGCAGAAAG